AUGGUUACUUGGGACCGCUCUGUGGCAGAUGCUAAUUUCAGCAUUGGACACUCUGCUUCAUUCUACCUCACUGGAAUUCCUGGCUAUGAGAAUGUUCAUCACUUUAUCUCCAUCCCCUUUUGCCUUCUCUACCUGAUAGGAAUAGUUGGCAACUGCUUAAUCCUUCACAUCAUCCACAUGAACAAGAGUCUCCACGAGCCCAUGUACUACUUCCUGGCCAUGCUGUCUCUCACCGACAUGGGCAUGUCCAUCUCCACCCUGCCUACAGCACUGAACAUCUUCUGGUUUGAUGCUAGGGAGAUUGGGGUGAAUGCUUGCAUAGUCCAGAUGUAUUUUAUUCACACAUUUUCUCUGAUGGAGUCAGCUGUGCUCCUCGCCAUGGCCUUUGACCGGUAUAUUGCUAUAUGUGAUCCUUUAAGAUAUUCCAGCAAGCUUACCCCACAGCGCAUUAUCUACAUAGGGGUCUUCAUUGUCAUCAGAUGCUCCAUUGUUGUCCCUGUUGUUCUUGUUCGUAUUCCCACAUUUUCCUUCUGUCACUCCCAUGUUCUCUCCCACUCUUACUGUUUGCAUCAAGAUGUCAUCCGAUUGGCCUGUUCUGAUAUCUCUUUCAACAUUUUGUAUGGUGUGUUUGUUGUAGCAUUUUAUUGGGGUAUAGAUUCUCUGGGAAUACUUAUAUCUUAUGCUUUUAUCCUUCACUCUGUGCUAGGCAUCGCCUCACAGCAAGGAAAGCUCAAAGCUCUCAAUACGUGUGCUUCCCACAUUUGUGCUGUGCUCAUUCUGUAUGUGCCAAUGAUAGGGCUGUCCUUAGUGCAUCGCUACGCAAAACACUCCUCCCCCAUUUGUCACAUAACCAUGGCCAACAUUUACCUGUUAGUCCCACCGGUACUCAAUCCAAUUAUUUAUAGCAUCAAGACAAAGCAGAUUCGCCAAGGAUUCCUAAAGAUAUUAUUACCCAAAAGGAUUGGCCUUACUCAUACUUAG